AUGCCGCUCAAGAUGGGGCACCUAGCCCAUUCUAUCGAUGUGCGGGUUUCCCGGCCAGAGGGUGAGAUGCCUUGGAUGAUUGAGCGGGCCAUAUUAGCUGCUUUGACACCCCUCCAGACAUCUAUUGAUUCUUUCACGGUGAGAGUAGAGACUUGUGAGAGUCGACAGGGGGUUACUUUCGAGGUUACAACAUUGAAAAUCGAGGUUUCUAAUUUGAGGAAGGAUAUGGACUAUCUAAAGUCCACAGACUUCACUUCACUGUUUGAGUCAAUUGAGGCUCCGGGUGUUUCGGUCAAUUCUGAUAUGCCUCCGGCUACCACCGGAGAUGAGCCUAUGGAUGAUGUGGUUGCUCAUGAGUCUGAGGCAGAGACAAAUGAGGAACAACUUGAUGCGUAG